AUGUCCCAAAAAAAUAUCGAAAAAGUAUGUGAUUAUUUAGAUGAAUCGUUAGAAUCUGACUCUGACGAGUUUUCAUUCGUAGACGAUUCAGAUGCUGAUCCCGACUACAGUUUUCCGUGUAGCAAUAAAAAUAUGUUACCAACACCAUCUAGCUCUAAUGUAGAAGUCCAGGCUGAAACAAGUGGCGAAGAAUCAUUUGAGGUAAGCUCUAGUAACAGUGAUAAUAGUGUACCUGAAACCGAUGAUGAUCAAUGGGUCGAGAACUGGGUAGACAUUCCAGAUUUCCAAUUCAAUAGUAGUGAUUCUGGAAUAAAACUCGAUAUUCCCGAUCAUGCAAAAGAUAACCCUUUACACAGUUUUGAAAUGCUAUGGACCAAAGAAAUAACAAAAAUGAUAGUUUUGUCUACGAAUAACUAUGGUAUUAAAUUGGGCCCACAAACAAGACCACAUAAAAAAUAUUCUCGUAACACUGAAUUCAAUAAAGUAGAUUUUGACGAAAUGUAUAAGUUUUUUGGUAUUUGUUUGCUGGCUGGUUCUGUAACAUUUGCUGUAAUCAGGGACAUGUUUUCCAAUAACCCUCUAUACUAUUAUCCGAUAAUAUCAAAAACAAUGUCGGGCAGGCGUUUUGAAAAAAUCUUGAGAUGUUUUAGUGUAGAAUAUUGUGACCAAUCAACAGAAAAUGAUCCAAACGAUCCGUUAAAAAAAAUUCAACCUCUUUUUAAUAGUCUUUUAAAUAAUUUUAGAAAAGCAUACACUCCAUAUGAAGCUCUAUCAUUAGACGAAUCUCUUCUUCUUCACCGUGGACGACUCAUGUUUAGGCAGUACAUGCGGUUGUUAUGGGCUACCAUAUUCCUAGAACCAUGUAUAAAUAGAAAUCGUGCGUAUCACAAUAUUAUAUGUAUUACACAUCGUUAUAUUUAA